CAGCCUGUAGGGUCCUUGGCGGGCUGGACGCCGGGCGCACGGCCGUUGCUUCGCUUUUACCUGUGGGUUUGUCUGUUUCCCAGUGGUUUCAGGGGCGACCCCGCGCUGUGUGUGCGCUGAGGCCGCUGGGGCAGCGGAGGUGCCCCCCACGGAGAAGCGAGCCGGGCCGGCGUCCCGUGAGGAAGAUGAGCGGCAGCGGCACCAGCGCCAGGUCCAGCCACCUGUCUCAGCCGGUCGUGAAGAGCGUGCUGGUGUACCGCAACGGGGACCCCUUCUUCGCGGGCCGCCGCGUCGUCAUCCAUGAGAAGAAGGUGUCCAGCUUCGACGUCUUCCUGAAGGAGGUGACGGGCGGCGUUCAGGCGCCCUUUGGGGCCGUCAGGAACAUCUACACCCCGCGGACCGGGCACCGCAUCCGGAAGCUAGAGCAGAUCCAGAGCGGGGGCAACUACGUGGCUGGGGGCCAGGAAGCCUUCAAGAAACUCAAUUACUUGGAAAUAGGAGAAAUCAAGAAAAGACCAAUGGAAGUUGUUAAUUCAGAGGAAAUUUCUAAUGGCGCUCUAUGCUGCUUUGUGUGUGCAUGCGUGUGUUUUCACCUUCUAGCAGUAAAACCAGUAAUCCACAGCAGGAUCAAUGUGUCAGCUCGCUUUAGAAAACCACUCCAGGAACCCUGCACUAUCUUCUUGAUUGCAAAUGGAGACCUUGUCAGCCCAGCUUCUCGCCUCCUCAUCCCUAGAAAAGCCUUGAAUCAGUGGGAUCGCGUACUACAGAUGGUCACAGAAAAAGUAACUCUGAGGAGUGGGGCUGUCCACAGACUUUAUACUUUAGAAGGAAAACUGGUUGAGAGUGGGGCAGAGUUGGAGAAUGGACAGUUUUAUGUGGCCGUCGGCAGAGAUAAGUUUAAGAAAUUGCCUUACAGUGAAUUACUUUUUGACAAGUCAACAAUGAGAAGGUCUUUUGGUCAGAAACCUUCUUCACUACCUCCUAUCGUAGGAUCCAGAAAGUCUAAGGGGAGUGGAAAUGAUCGCCAAUCUAAGUCAACGGUCGGAUCCAGCGACAACUCAUCUCCUCAGCCCCCAAAGAGGAAAGGGAAAAAAGAAGAUGCGAAUUCGGAAAAACCCACGAAAGAGAAACAAAAUGUAAAGUUAAAGGAUUCACCACAACCAAUUCCGAACAGUGAUGAAGGCAUUUUCAAAGCUGGAGAAGAGAGAUCUGAAACACGGGGGGCAGCAGAAGUCCAAGAAGAUGAAGAUACUCAAGUUGAGAUUCCCAUUGAUCAGAGGCCAGCAGAAAUAGUAGAUGAGGAAGAAGAUGGAGAGAAGGAAAACAAGGAUGUAGAACAGAAAGAAGACUUUUCAGGAAUGAAUGGUGAAGAGGAGGGAGGUAGGGAGGCUUCAGAUGCCCCCGAGCAAGCAGAGGAAAUCCCGGAUCACAGGGAGGAGGAGGCAGGUCCCGCUCGUGUAAAUGGAGGUACCGAUGAAGAAAAUGGUGAAGAACCAGGUCCCGCUCGUGUAAAUGGAGGUACCGAUGAAGAAAAUGGUGAAGAACCAGGUCCCGCUCGUGUAAAUGGAGGUACCGAUGAAGAAAAUGGUGAAGAGCUGGAUCAGGUUAACAGUGAGCUUCAAGAGGCAGUGGAUGAGGAAAUAAAGUCUCAAGGAGCUGCUGAUGGCCAAGAUGAGGUUGACUUAGACCCUCAAAGACCACCAAGACCAGAAGUAAAAAUCACUAGUCCACAAGAAAAUGAUAACAACGAACAAAACAAGGACUAUGCUGUUGUAGCAUAGGUGAUUUUUAAAAAAGAAUAUGUUGAUUAUAAGAAAAAUGAAGGGUUAUAAUACUUGAAUAAUAAGUAUAUAGUUAUUGCUAAACAUAAUGUGACAAUAUGGUUGAAGACUACCUACUGAAUUUUAAAAUUAGAGACGUAAUGGAAAGGCUAGAUAACUUUGAAUAGCUACUAAAGGAGAGUGACUUCUUUAAAUGGCAUGUUGUUUUAAAAGUCAUUUAGAAAAAUUAAGUAAAAGGGAUAGAGGGGAGUUUGCACUGGAAGACAAUUGGCCAUUUGUCUUUGUAAAGGAUGAAAAAGAAUAGGAUCCACUCCUAUUGUAUACUCUUAUACAUUUAGAAGCAAGAUUAUUAGAUGGCAGCUUAUUCUAAAGCACUUAUAUAAGAAAGCAUAGAAUUUUAAAGAAAUGAUAAUAGGAAAGCAUGUACUAUUUUUUUAAAGCAAUAAACUCUUGAAUAAACAAAUUGCAAUUUAGUUUCAGAGAUAAUUUGGAAAUGGCAAUACGUUGAAGUGUUUCCAUGACUUGUUGACAUUCCUUUCUUUCUUCCUCCUUAGCCAAAAUCCACCUUAAAUGAAUUAAAAAUACAAUGCAAGAUAUUCAUUUUGGAAGGAGGGAGUAUUCAUUCAGUGUAUUAGUGGUUAAUAUUGUCAUGCCCCUCCCUUAAGUGCUUCAGAUUUUAAUCCUUAUGGCUUUAAUGCCACAAACCCAGGAAGGAAUUAUAGAGGAAUACCCGAUUGUAUUGCUGAGCCUGGCUGGAUGGUUUGCAAAUCUGGUAUCCUGUGAAUUUUCACUGAUCCAAUCUACCUUUACCAAUAAUAUCCCUGUCUUCUCCUUCAUGUUAUUAUAUUAGAAAACUCAAUAUUGGCUAUCGCAAAGAUUGAAUUCCCUCCAAAGAGUUUUUUACAAAAAAACAAGACAGAGUAAUAGAAAAAAGUAGGCUAUAUGAAGAGUUUGUCGCUGCUCAACUUCACUUGCUUUUUGCCUUAUUUCUGUUGGGACUGCCUUGUCAUAUUUUUGCCCCUAGGGAUAUCUGCAAACAUUUAUUUUCAUGGCCAGUUAUAUUUAGGCUUUUUAGCAAAUUCCUUUCUAUAUAAUUAGAAGCCAUCUGAUAGAAAUUGUUGAAAAAAGUUUAAAAAUUGUCAUAAUGAAACCAGUUCCUGAUCACGAUUUUGCGGGCUGGUUAAAUUAACUCACAGUUGCCUUUUUAGGUAUAUAUGGGGAAAAACAUAAGUGUAUUAGUUUUUUGAAUUCUUAAGAGAUGAUGCAGUUCUUCCUUAAAUAUAAAAAUAAUAUAUUUUUUCUCAUAUUAAAGAAUAUUUUUGCUAAUUAUGUAGAAAUUAUAAAUUUGAAAUUUUAGCUUCUCGUGCUUUCAUAGAAUUCAUUAUUAAUCAUAAAUUUAAAAGAUUUUUUUCCCCUCCAGGUUUCAUAACCAACCAUUUGGAAUCAAAGUAGUUGUGUAAAGCGCGUAAUACUAUAGAAAACAGGGAUAUUUUCCCUAACAGCUAUUUUAAUAUUUUCCACAAAUAGGAAGUAUAAGCAGAGACUAUAACGUAACAGUAUUGGAAAGAGAUAAUAAUAUAAGGGUAUCUUAAUCUGGGAGGAUGAAUUGUAAAUGGGGUACUGUAUUUCUAGUAUAAUAUCUAGGUUGUGCUUUCUACUAGUAGGCUUAUUUUUUCAAAUGAGACAAUUAGGGAAAUAGACUACUUAGUUUUUUAAUGUACAAUUCCCACACUAUCACUGGGCCUGGAGUUAAUGAUUUUAAAUAGUUUAUAAAAAUAAGGGAUUUAUAAGCAGUUAUAACUAAUUAUCAAGGUGAUUCUCUUUUCUUUCUUUAAUGAGUUUUUCUCUUCCUUUUUUCAUAAAAAUAUUCUGUCUCUUUUCUCUUGUUCUUUUCUUCAUUAUAUUUUAAAGUUAGGUUUUGGGGAACUUUUUAAGAUACAUCUUAAUGCAGCACAAUGUUAUUUUACAUGAAAAACAAAGUUUGGUAUUUUAAGUAUACUUCAAGAAAGUGAUAGGCCGCAAUAACUUAUACCAAAAAAUUGAAAAAUGGAGAUAUAAUUCUCCUCUUGUAUGUGCAUAUUUUACCAUCAGUUGACAAGAUGUAAUUGUGCUCUAACUUGGAGAGAUGAACAACUAAUCACUUUAAAACAGUUUGCAAACAUAUAGUACUAAAAGAAGAGGAAUGAAAUAUGUCAUCUAACCAUGGAAGAAAUCAUUCACAGAGAAUGAAAAUUGUGGACGUCAUUUGGAGAUGACUUUAACAAAAAUGAUGGCAGUGAAUUCACCUCCCAAAUGUGGACAUUUUCUCCGUGGAAAUGGUGGCCUCUGUGGCAGGCUACCUCCACCAAUUAAGUGAGACUCACUGACAGAUCUGGAGACCACUUAUGUGAGUGAGCAGAAGAGAUCUUGGUUAGGCUUCAGGUGUUAUUUCAUAGAGAGAAGGCACUAUGAAAAACUCACGUAGCUUUUAUGUGAUAACCAAUAAAAUGCUUUAAGGUGUUGGUUUUUUGUGAUGCUGUGUGCAUUGAUUUCAUAGUCCUGAUUUCAAGGAACUCUUUUCUUAUACUUAAUUGAGUUUUAAGACAUUUGUAAACAACUGGUUUGUUAGUUGAAUUGGAACAUUAGGGAUUUUGCAGAGCAAGUAAGGAAGAUUUUAACUAAAGUAAUUUUCAUGCUAAGGACAUUUUACUUGGCUUAGCUUCCCUUAAAAUAGCUAUUGAGCAUCCCUGGACUUCUAGUUAUAAAACGUGAUAUGAUGGCCACAAGAUGGCCAUUAUUUUUUUCCUCAUUAUUUUUCUCUAUAGCUAUAGGAUGAUUAUUUAUUAAGACAUUUUUUUCUUAUGUUUUUUGGGGAAUAUUAGAAAGCCAGACUCAUAGAAAGAGCAUGAUGCUCUCAUGUUUCCUGUUUUAUUCUGAGAGUGUUAGUUUCUGCUACGGUCUGUAAAGACAGAACCAUCCUGUAUACAUGUGGCUCGGAGUCAAAUAAUUCCGUAAGGUCACGAUGGUGAAGCCGUACUAAUAUGAAGUUAUUCAUGCUCACUCUUCCAGCUGAUAGCUCAUAAACCAACAUCCUCGAAAAUUUCACGGAAUGAGCUACCUUAUACGCAAAGGUUAAAGUUCAUUCACCUAAGAAACAUCUGCAUAUUUAAAAUUGUGGCAUCAGGUCUGAACUGUUGCCAAUCUGAACAGAAAGAGACUAUAUAGACCUACAUAUAUGCAUAUCAAAUACGUAUACAGAUGCACUCACACACUUUAAAAUAUUAAAAAGGCCUCCUCAGGCACAGCGUUAUUAAUAGAAUAAGGCUCUUUUGAGAGAAGCAAUUCAUAAGAACAUGUGAGAAGAAAUGCUGAGAAAUGGUAUACUAUUUCAUGGUGCUUUAAAACUUGGUUCUUGAAGACUUUAAGAGAUUUAAAAUUCUUCUCAAAAUAAGAAAGUUACCAGCAUUUUAAUGAAAAAUUUAUUCUAGAAAGAGAUGACUGUCUAUCAUCUAUCUAUCCAUGUGUCUAUCUAUGUAUCUAUAUAGCUGUGUAUCUAUCUAUCUAUCUAUCUAUCUAUCUAUCUAUCUAUCUAUCUAUCUAUCUAUCUAUCUAUCUAUCUAUCUUGUUUUCCUAAAGUAACUACAGAGUAUAGCUCUUUAGUUCUUUGUCAUCAGCCUUAAGUACCAUAUACUUUAGGUGCAGAAUAUCUUAUAAUAACACAAGCUCUGUCAAAAGAUUAUUACUGUUUGUGAAUGUGUGUGCAUGAUUCACAUGAAUGUAGAGAGGAUUCUUUUUGGUACCAAGUAGCCAGGUUCACUAUGAAUAGGAUGAAAGACUGACUUAUUAGUCCACUAGUUUAUCUAAUGUUCAAGUUCAGCACGGAGGCUUUUUAGCUUCCUUGUAUGAAUAUAAUGUCCUGGAAUGGAACCAUUUUUUUUUUAAAUGCUAGUCUGUUUUUCUAAGGUGAUGAGCACAUCGAGUUCUUUGUUAUUACAUAUCAUUUUUGUAAAUACUAUAAAAAUUUUGCUUUUCAGAAAAUAUCCUGGUAUGUAGAUGGGUCUGAUUUUUGUUCUGACCACAGGAAAUUUGUGUAUUUCCUACUGUGAAGUCUAAGUGACUCUGAUGGAGGAUGAACGUGUGUCCCCACAUGUUGAUGAGGAAGAAAACUAUUGUUUUUGAAGAGGUAUAACAUCCUGUAGGAUUAGAAAAGAAUUAAAACAUGUCUUGAUAACCAUCAAGCAUUUGUAAAAUCAAGAGGUAACUAAUGGAGGUACAUUGACUUAAGCCAACACCAGACCUAGCUUUAAUCUGAGAAUUGGGACCAAAUGAAUUCUCUGUAGGUUCAUCAGCUUAAACUGCAUAGUUUAAUUGAGUGUUUGAGUUAUUGUCACACAUGUAAUGGCAUGUGGGAAGAGGGAAUGACUAUAGGCAAUUUUAGAAGUUUGGAGAAACCUUAUUCUUUUUUUUGUUUCAAUGUUUUUCUUGUGCCUUAAAUCUUUAAUAUGUACAAUGAUAAUGGGUGACUAUUGAUGUUGUAAGUAAAGAUUAAGUUGAGCUCAUCAUUUUUAUAGGAUUGAUGUUUAGAACUUCUCUUUGUAAGGAAAAUUAUUUGUACUUUGAUCAAAGAAUGAGCAUUUAGGUUUUUACUUCUUUGUCAGCUCUCACUCUAAAAUAUGAAAGUUUACUGUAUCUUUUGAGUAAAUAGAUCUGUGUCUUAUAUAAUUAAAAUGUGUCUGGAUGGUUUAUUGUUUA